AUGUACUCAGGCUGUUUGAAUCAGGCCCAUUUUUAGCCCCACCUCCUUAGAAGGAGGAAUAUGUCUUUCUGCGCCGGACAUGUUUAUUAUCACUGAAGUUACACAAAUAUUUACACACUUUGUUGUCCAACUCCACGGAGUUCCGUUACGUGAUUACAAUUAGAAAGAGUCUAACAGGGUUAUGGACAACACAAUAGGUUUCAGGACCUAUUUAUGGUCUAGGAUGUGCUUUCAAGGUGUACCCAGCAAAGAAAAGACGUCGACAAACAGACUCGUAGAUAAAAGGUCAACGUUUUGUCCAAUCAACUCGCAGUGUGUUCCAUUGAGUUCAUGUCCAAUACUGAAGAAUCUGAUCAACAAUCAAUGUCUUACAGCGAAUAGCAUAAGCGACCUCAGUUGCGGAUACCAAGGAUCAGGAUUGGUAUGCUGUCCUCAAGUGCCUUCAACUUCUACAGAUGGCACCGGCCCAGCAAAAAUGGUCGAUGGCCAAAGAUGUGGGAUCUCACAGGUACAAGGAGAGUCAUAUGAUGGCAUUGGAGCGUAUCCUUGGGUUGCGAGGGUUGGAUUUAAAAAUGUACUUACUGGAGAAAAUAAGUAUCCUUGUACUGGUUCCAUCAUCAGUAGCCGAGUUAUUCUAACAGCUGCCCAUUGUGCUUUGGCAAAGGCAGAAAAUUUCAAAUUAUAUGCAAUCAGAAUUGGAGAAUGGAUGACGGAUACAGACAUAGAUUGUGGAGACGAGUUUUGCGGUCUUCCAGUCCAAGACAUACCUAUUAGCCACGUAAUUGUCCAUCCAGGGUAUCAAAGACAUACCUUCCAGAAUAACAUUGCUUUAAUUGUUCUGAAGAACAAAAUUAACUAUACAGUAACGGCUCAGCCAAUUUGUCUUCCUGAAUCUUGGUCUGUCACUAGCAAUAAUGGCAUCCUAGUGGGUUGGGGGAAAACCGCUGGACAAACAGUAACACCCCUCUAUCAACAAGUCCUUCACCUGCCAAUAGUAAGUGUCCAAGAAUGUGAAAGAGUGUAUGGACGCACGUUACCAGUUUCACUGGAAGAGAACGUUUGUGCGGGAGGAGAGGUUGGAAACGAUGCCUGCAGUGGAUUUGGUGGAGCCCCACUUGUUGUUAAACAUGCUGACACGUUUUACCAGGUCGGUAUAUUGUCCUUUGGAUCUGACCAGUGCGGAGCCAGCGGAGUGCCAAGUGUUUAUACAAAUAUAAAGAAAUACAUAACAUGGAUCAGAGAAAACACUCCUGUAGAUUAUAACUAGGUUUAUGUUGCAUUUUGAUUAAAUAAUAUUUUGUAAUAAAAUAUCUGCUAUAACACGAUAUAAUAAUAUUUUUUUAUUAAAAAGCC